CGUUUUCCAGUUCGGAGAGGAUUGAGUUACACAUAAAACAAACUUCAUGUUUUCUGUUGGGAUGUGUUGAUAUUGGAAGGCGAAUUUGGGGUGUUUCUCAUAUUCUGUAUUCAUUAGAUAAAACAGGAAAAGUACAUUUUUUGAUCGGAAGUGUCAACGCGCAGUUGGAGGUGACUGCUGUUUUCGCUGGAUGACAAACGCAAUUCCUAGUAUCGGUGCUUGGGAUAACGACCAACGGGGAUUUCUGAAAAAGCGACUCUCAAAAGUUAAGAAGGGAGAGGGUGGAAGAUGGCAGGCGAGCUGAAACCUCGGCUUUGUGUUAUGACAAAAGGAGAAAAUGGAUAUGGGUUUCACUUGCACGGCGAGAAGGGUAAGAGCGGCCAGUACAUUCGGAAAGUGGAGCCCGCGUCCCCGGCCGAAGCCUCGGGACUGCGCGCGGGGGAUCGGGUCGUGGAAGUGAACGGCGAGAAUGUGGAAAAAGAGACACAUCACCAAGUCGUCCAGCGGAUCAAGGCGGUGGAGCACCAGACGCGGCUGCUGGUGGUGGACCGUGACACGGACGAAUACCUGCGCAGCCUGCGCCUCACCUGCACGGAGGAGAUGGCCGUCUGCGGCGACGCCCCCCACCCGCCCGCCUCCCCGCCCGCCACCAAGCCCAGCAAGCGGGAGAAUGGCUCUGUUUCCAAGCAACCGGUCACGCUGUCCCCCGAGGAGCCCAAGCCGAGCAAGAGGUCGCCCUCACGGGCUGGCAAGAAGGAGAAACAGGUCCCGGCCAAACCUGAGCCCACGGACCAGAACCAAGACCAGAACCAAGACCAGGACCAAGAUCAGGACCAAGACCAGGACCAGGACCAGGUGACGGAGCUCCGCCCCCGGCUGUGUCACCUGGUGAGGUCUGAGACGGGCUACGGCUUCAACCUCCACAGCGAGAAGGCCCGGCCAGGGCAGUACAUCCGUUCCCUGGACCCAGGAUCACCAGCCGACCAGGCGGGGCUGAGACCACAGGAUCGGCUCAUCGAGGUGAACGGCAUCAACAUCGAGUCCCUGAGGCACUCCGAGGUGGUGGCCUUCAUCAAGAACGGCGGGGACGAGACCAGGCUGCUGGUGGUGGAUCCGGACACAGACCAGCACUUCAAGAGGCUGGGCAUCGUCCCCACAGAGGACCACAUUAAAGAUUAUAUACUGCAGCCUGUGACGAAUGGCUCCCUGAAUCUCCAGGUCAACGGCAGCUCUGCAUCACAGUCCACCCACUCCGACCUGAGCACCCCCGAUACCAGCACACAGGUUGCAGAUGAGAAUGAGUGCCCCCUGCUGGACCCGUUUGAGGAGAGCGGUCUUCGGCUGAGCCCCACGGCCGCCGAGGCCAAGGAGAAGGCCCACGCCAAGCGUGCCAAGAAGAGGGCGCCGCAGAUGGACUGGAACAAGAAGCACGAGCUCUUCAGCAACUUCUGAUAAACUCACCUCCCCUUCUCCUCCAAAACAGCUG